UGAGAGAUGAGGUGCGCACGCCCUUUCCCCUCUGCCCUGAUCAGAAAUUCAUGAGGCUUUUAAUUCGAAGGAGUUCUUGCGAUGUGUACCACAUAACAUAAACGUUCAUUCAUUCCAUCUCCAUGACAACCGGGCCACAAACACCAGCCACUGAUGAAGUCCACGAGAUGUGACCGAAAGCUCCAGAGGCAGUCUUAAGCACCCUCAUCUUGUUGCUCCUCUUGUCCUCUGAAGUCCUCCUUUGCGCUUUCAACUUCUCAAUCUGUCUCUCCAGGUGUGCCCCCACUCCGCUCCCACCUCUGUAUACUGUAAUCAUAACCAUCAGAAGCCAUUCUGCCCUGUCAUCCUGGGCAGAGGGGAGUUGAAAACAGCUGUGGGGGCAGCCAAGAUCUCCUCGGAGAACUGGGGAGAUCGAAAGCUGCGACCGCCCAGCUUCCCGGCACCGACAGACGGUCAUGGGACGGCGGGGCCCGCCGCCAGCUGGCCGGAGAGAGCAUCUUUGAUGUGUGACGCACCGGGGAGACGCCUGCACCAGGCGACUCACACACUCAAACUGGAGGAAAUAUAAAAACACUGUCUCAUUCCACUGCAAUGUGAGCUUAUUUAUAACGUACUGUUGUUUGUGGUGGAAACCGCAGAUAUAUUACCAUCAUUAAAAACGAUUGCAAUAACUUUUCAGAGUCAUGACAGGAAUAUUGGCAUCAUGUGAUAUUAAAUGUCCCACAGACAUCCGAAUCCCUAAAUAGACAUAUUCUAGUGAGUACAUUGAAAAACAUCGUAAUAAAAUGUACUCUGACUGUUUGAAUACUCUGCUCUGAGAUGUUUGCUUUUUCCCAUAAGGGUCUGUCUAAAAAGGUGUUCUGAUCCCUGUUAUCAUCUUGAGAUUGCUUUGAGACUCAGCUCACUGAACAGGUGUAGGCGCAGGUGGAUGUAUGACAUGCAUCUUCAAGCCGUUAUAUGUGAGCUCGGAUUUACUCGGGCUUUAGGACCGCGGGAUGAGCUGGAUGAAGUGCAAAGUCUGCGCACCUCCACCGUGUAGAAGUUGUGGGUUUGUCUUGAACCUGCCUUGUGUGUCACUCGUAUCCCAAGUCUGGUGCUCCAUGGAUGCAGCGCUACACUUCAGAAGACUGAUGGGCCAUAUAUUUUACUUUUUCGACUUUUUGGAUUAUCCCCGUAGAGUCUCAUUAUCACUUUGGUGAAAUGCAAGCGACUUCAAAGUUGAGUCAAAGCUCAGAUAUGGGGAAGUCAAGACACCGCUGGGCUAACUUCUGAGCGGCCGAACAACUCUUCAUCAUGAGGCUGUGGGGCAGAGCUACAGCUGUCCGGACAAGGAUGCUCUGCCUCUGGCUGCUGGUCCUUGGGUUCGCCCUGCUUACUCUGGCUCUCUCGGACCUUUUUAACCGGGACCGGGACCAAAGUCAUCAGAAACCUGGCCCUCCACGACGCCCCCUCCAGCGGAUUCCCAGCGCACCGGACCUGGAGGUCAUCGUGGACUACCGCGACCCUGCGUUGGAGCUCGGCAUCGAUCUCGCCCCCCUAAAAUCUUUGCAAGAAGACCAGCUUUUAUUCGUGCCAUCGACGCAGGGCACCAAGAACCCACCGCAGAAGAAAGGGAGUUACAAGGUGCUGCUGCCCGGAGCAAAUAAGGACACCCGCGUCACUGCGCCUCCGACGCACGGGGAAAUGGGCAAAGCAGUGCGUCUACACUUGGCGGGAACAGAGAGGGACAUGGAGCUUUCUGCGGUGCAGAAGUACGGUUUCAACGAGGUGGUCAGUGAGAAGAUUUCACUGCAUCGCAGGCUGCCCGAGGCGCGCCAUCCUGAGUGUUUGAAGGAGCAGUACAGCGAAUCGCUGCCGUCGGCCAGUGUUGUAAUCUGUUUCCAUGACGAGGCCUGGUCCACGCUCUUGCGCACCGUGCACAGCGUGCUGGAUACUGCACCAAGACAGUACCUGCAGGAGGUUCUGCUGGUGGACGACCUGAGCCAGCACGGUCACCUGAAGAGUGUGUUGAGUGAGUAUAUGUCUCAUCUGGACGGGGUGCGCUUGAUUCGCAGCACUAGGCGCCUGGGCGUCGGAGGGUGCCGAGCUCUGGGUGCUGCCAGAGCUGCAGGGGAAGUGCUGGUGUUCAUGGACUCUCACUGUGAAUGCCAGAAGGGCUGGCUGGAACCAUUGCUGGAGAGAGUGGCCCAGGACAGGACCAGAGUGGUGUCCCCCAUCAUGGAUGUGAUAGACUGGCAGACCUUUCAGUACAAUGCCACCCAGUGGCCAGUUAGAGGAGUGUUUGACUGGAGACUUGACUUCCACUGGGAAUCUAACCCUCAGGUGCAAGAUAAGGCUUUUCAACCUCUGCGGAGUCCAGCAUUAGGAGGUGGAGCUGUGGCCAUCGACCGACAUUUUUUCCAGAGUGUGGGAGCCUACGACCCGGGGAUGCUGCUGUGGGGGCAGGAGCAAAUUGAGCUGUCAAUCAGGGUGUGGUCAUGCGGCGGCUCCAUGGAGGUGGUUCCCUGCUCCCGUGUGGCCCACCUAGAGCGCCACCACCUGCCUUACCGCUUCCCAGACCAAGAGCUGCUUCAGAGGAACAAAAUCCGGAUAGCAGACACCUGGAUGGACGCAUACAGGAAGAUCUUCUAUAGGAGAGACACACUUGCUCAUUUCAUCAGGCAGUCUGAGAGCCCUAAUAUUACAGAGCGCCUGCGGCUGAAGAGGAGUCUGGGCUGUAGGAACUUCCACUGGUAUCUGACAACAGUUUAUCCACAACUUUACAUCCCCCAGGACAGACCUGCACUGUCAGGCGAGCUGUACAAUGUCGGCACUGGCAGCUGCGCUGACUACCCCCGAGGGCAAGGACUGCAGGGUGGGGCCAUGAACAUAGCACCGUGCAGUGGGACGGGCAGCCAGCACUGCGAUCUAAACUCUGAGUUUGAAGUGCGCUGGGGUCCCAUGGGGGCUUUGUGUUUGGACGCCAGGGGAGAGAGGGUGGUCCUAUCUCCGUGCCCCACACACCGACCAACGACUAGCGGACUCCAGUGGAAGUUCAUAAAGCUGAGUGGUCAGCUCGUUCACCAACAGUCCCAGUUGUGUCUGGAGGCCGUAAAGGAAGGAGGGCCCCCACAAAGCAGCCCAACAGCAGUCAACACCAACACAGGAAGUCUCUUCCUGCACCCCUGCACCCAUCACCCCAGACAACAGUGGCACUUUGAGCAACUAGUUGCUCCUAAAGGUGCCUGAAACAGAAAGCACAGAGGGGUUAAUUGGAUUUGCGAGAUGUAAAUCCAAUAUAGUAGCAUACAGUAGUGAAAUGGUGUAGAAAAAUACAUAAAUAUAUAGUUUUUUGCUCCACUUUGCCACUCUGCUCAUUUGUUCCUGUUUUAAGGAUUGCAAAUACAAUUUAUUAUGUUAAAUAAGAAACAACAGAUCAUCUAAAAUAAUAAAAACAACAUAUGAUUAUGUUGCCUUUAUCUAAAACUGCUUUUUUAGUAGAAUCUAUAAUUGUAUUGUAUCAUAUUUAUGUACAUUUAAUCAUAUACAAUGUGAAAAGCACAAAGAGAAAAUUGUAUUAAAUGAUCUUUUACUUCAGAAAAAUGCUUUCAUUAAUUCAUGUGUAAAUUUAUUUGUUUUGUCCUGAAAGGUC